AGAAAAAAAGAGAAAGAAAGAGAGAGAGAGAGAGAGAGAGAGAGAGAGAGAGAGAGAGAGAGACAAACAGGAGAAAAUAAAAAGAGAUAAAAAACGACUAAAAUAAAGAGAAGAUUAGAAGAAUGGUCGUGAAAUCUGAAAGCACGAGGAACGGUCACGAGCUGGCUCCUCUAAACGAUGAUCGUCAACCUCCUCACAACGUGACCAUUGUGGUUUCCGGAAAUCAAAAUGCCUCGGCUGUCAAUCCGGAACCAAGAACGGAAGAUAACAGAGCAGCAUGGAGCGGAAAGAUGCAGUUUUUCCUGAGCAUCAUUGGUUACAGUGUCGGUCUUGGCAAUAUAUGGAGGUUUCCAUAUUUAUGCCAACAAAAUGGGGGCGGUGCCUUUCUUAUACCAUUUUUCGUGAUGCUCAUCCUCGAAGGCGUGCCCUUAUUUCUGAUCGAGUUGGGUCUUGGACAACGAAUGCGACAAGGUGCCCUUGGCGUUUGGAACACGAUACAUCCCUGGUUAGGCGGUAUAGGAAUAGCCUCCUGCAUCGUCACAUUCUUCGUUGCACUUUAUUACAACGUCAUUAUCACCUGGUGCUUCUUCUACCUCUUCAACUCUCUCGAGGCAGUCACAAUUAAAUUCGGCGCGCCACUGCCGUGGGCGAAGUGCCCGGAGGUCGACGAGAUACCGGUAGAAGAAUGUGUCAAGAGCUCUGAGACCGCUUACUUUUGGUACAGAACCACUCUGGAUGCGGCACCGUCGAUCGAGGAUGGCCAAUCUCUCAAGUGGUGGAUCGUUCUGUGCCUUCUACUCAGUUGGAUCGUUGUCUUCUUUAUCGUCAUGAAGGGGAUACAAUCAUCGGGCAAGGUAGUUUAUUUUACCUCGAUGUUCCCCUACCUCGUACUCACGAUCUUCUUCGUUCGUGGAAUAACUUUGAAAGGUGCUAGUGCUGGGUUAGCACACAUGUAUACGCCAAAGGUCGAGAAAUUAUUGGAGCCUACCGUCUGGCUUGACGCAGCUACUCAAGUCUUCUAUAGCUUUGGAUUAGCUUUUGGUUCCUUGAUCGCAUUUGGAAGCUACAAUACACCCGACAACAAUUGCGUCAGGGACGUGAUUCUGGUGAGCGUGUGCAACGCGUUUACCGCCAUUUACGCGAGCGUUGUCAUUUUCGCCAUUUUGGGGUUCAAGGCGAUGUCGAAUGUGGACAAGUGCCUGGAAAGCAAUAAGAUCUCGCUGAUCAAGAAUGGUUUGCUAUUUGAAAACUCGACGACGGACGAUUACGAAAACGUUGUCAAUACGUUCAACAGUUUGACUACGAAUUUGACCUUGGAUAGAUGUAGUAUGAGCGAACAACUGAAUAACGCUGCCGAAGGUACUGGAUUGGCUUUUAUAAUCUUCACUCAAGCGAUCGUCGAGCUUCCAGGUGCGCCAUUUUGGUCCUGUAUAUUCUUCCUAAUGCUUUUGGCCCUUGGACUUGGCUCACAAAUUGGUAUUAUGGAAGGAAUGUUGUGCGUCAUCUUUGACAUUGAUCUUUUCAAGAGAAUAAAGAAGCAGUAUAUAACAGGCGUAGUAUGUAUCGUUUGUUUCUUCGUCGGCCUCAUCUUCUGUACCGGUGCAGGAGAAUACUGGUUGAAAAUGUUCGACAGCUUUGCUGGUACCAUUGGCCUCGUUAUGGUCGCACUUAUGGAAAUGAUAUCGGUCAUCUUUGUCUACGGCCACGAAAAAUUCACGAAAGACAUCGAAGAAAUGACAGGCUACAGGCCAGGUAUUUACUGGCAAGUUACAUGGAGAUUUCUCGCGCCUAUAAUUAUGGUCGGCAUACUGAUCUCUAGUAUCGCUUCUAUGUUCAUCAAGAAACCAGAAUAUUCAGCAUGGAACGCAACGUUGGGUAUAGCAGUAUCUACGGCUUAUCCAGGCUGGGUCUUAGCGAUCGCAGCUUGUAUAAUCGUAGCCGGUAUCGCACCGAUACCAAUCGUUUUUCUACUUAGAGUAUUCCAAUGCGUGAAACUCGACGUGGACAUUCAUCAGGGUAGCAUUCGUCGAAUCGACACGACCGUAUCAACGAAGGAAAUGAUGGGUGACGUUGAUUUGGACGAAUAUCACGAUCGUUUAGAAGAUUUUCCCGAAGAGGACGAGGACGUUAACAGCGACGACGACAACAAUAGUGCACCGCCUAUAACAAAGAUGGUUCCCAAUAAGCUUCAGGGUAGAGCUUUCAAAAUGGAAGCAAUGGAAUUUUGAACGCGUCACAUUUAGGGAGCGUUCCUUACGUUUUAUUACAAACAAACGAAAAAAAAAUAAAAAAGAGAAAGAAGGAAAGAAAGAAAGAAGGAAAGAAGGAAAGGUGGAAGCAAGGAAGGAAGGAAGGAAGGAAGGAA